AUGGAGGAGAGGCCGGAGGAGGAGAGGCCGGAGGAGGAGAGGCCGGAGGAGGAGAGGCCGGAGGAGGAGAGGCCGGAGGAGGAGAGGCCGGAGGAGGAGAGGCCGGAGGAGGAGAGGCCGGAGGAGGAGAGGCUGCAGGAGCCGGAGGAGGAGAGGCUGCAGGAGGAGAGGCCGGAGGAGGAGAGGCUGGAGGAGGAGAGGCCGGAGGAGGAGAGGCUGCAGGAGGAGAGGCCGGAGGAGGAGAGGCUGCAGGAGGAGAGGCCGGAGGAGGAGAGGCCGGAGGAGGAGAGGCCGGAGAAGGAGAGGCUGCAGGAGGAGAGGCCGGAGGAGGAGAGGCUGCAGGAGGAGAGGCCGGAAAAGGAGAGGCUGCAGGAGGAGAGGCCGGAGGAGGAGAGGCUGCAGGAGGAGAGGCCGGAGGAGGAGAGGCCGGAGGAGGAGAGGCCGGAGGAGGAGAGGCCGGAGGAGGAGAGGCCGGAGGAGAGGCUGCAGGAGGAGGAGAGGCUGCAGGAGGAGAGGCUGCAGGAGGAGAGGCCGCAGGAGGAGAGGCUGCAGGAGGAGAGGCCGGAGGAGGAGAGGCCGGAGGAGGAGAGGCCGGAGGAGGAGAGGCCGGAGGAGGAGAGGCCGGAGGAGAGGCUGCAGGAGGAGAGGCUGCAGGAGGAGAGGCUGCAGGAGGAGAGGCCGCAGGAGGAGAGGCCGGAGGAGGAGAGGCCGGAGGAGGAGAGGCCGGAGGAGGAGAGGCUGCAGGACGGAGAUGUCAGAAGUGGAUCAGACUUCCAGCUGGCUGAGCAGGGUGACUGGGUGCAUAACCUCUGGCUCACGCUAACGGUACUGGUGCAUGGCAAUGAUGGACAAGGAAAAGACGGGCUGGUGCUGCACACUGACCACGACCAUAGUUCUGAGAGCGAGGCGUAA